AAAGUUUUGUCUGUGUUACCAUUGUAUAUAAGAUACAGGGACAUACGAACGUUAAAUGUUCUGUUUUAAAUAAGGUUGUGAAGUGACGUUUGAUAUGAGCUCCACAGAAAGAAAAUUCCUAAACAGUGUUCAAAGGAAGAAAGGAGGAGAUGUCGUCUGCCAAGAACACAACGAUACACCUGUUGUCAUGUUUUGUAAAACAUGUGACCAACUGGUUUGUGACGAAUGUAUUAAAAAUUCACAUAAACCGCACGAUCUAGAGUCAUUGAACAAGCAAAGUUUGGAAGACAAAAUGCAGCUGUCUCAACAGAUUCCACUGGUCAAAAAUAGCACGAUGCCAGGUUUAAAGGAACACAUUAAGAGCAUAGGUCAAACAAAAGAACAGUCCGCUAAAGAUUUCGAACAGCUCAUGAACAAAAUUAUGACACGAACGACUGAGUUGAUUAAAAUGAUAGAAAAAUCACGUGAUCAGAUGUUACAGAUGUGCCGAAAAGACCAAGAAAGAGCUAGAAUAUUCCUAUCUGAUUUAGAAGAGAAAAUGACAAGUGGAAUAAAAGCACUUGAACAAUCACUGGCGUCUGCAGAAGAGGUUGUAAAAUCUGGCAACAUUAAAGGUGCGGCAUUAAUACAAACAAGACUUCAACUUAACUGGGAUAUCCAAGAAUACAAAAAGCGUCAUGCGCAAAUCGAAAUUCCAGAAUUCGUAUCAGGAAGUUCAUAUGAUAAUUCAAUAGAGAAGAUGAUAGGUGUAUUCAGCGGUGGUCUUCAUUUAAAAACUAGAGAUGAAUUACUGUCUAAAGCGUUGCUUAAAGCAAAGCCAUUUUCAUCGUGGAGAAUGAAACCUUAUUUGGUAGCUGCUCUGCCACUGAAGUACGAUAUUCGCUCAGCAAGUACAGUUAAAAGCGAUACGAUGUUAAUGGUUCCGGUGACAAGACAGAGACUUCUUAUUACAAUGGCGGCAAACGGACAGUCGCGGGAAACGGAAAUGUCUGAUCACCGUAUUUACGACAUGUCACAAUCAAUUGGAAAUGAAUUUAUUGGAACAGACGCUGACAAUAAGACCAUACUUAAAUUUAGACUUGAUGGAAGUGUAACUGAAAAGAAAGAAUUAAGAUCUAUUCCGCGCGGAAUUCACGUUUGCAAAAAUGGCGAAGUAUUGAUGUGUCUUUGUGACACUAUUGAUUUCAAAACACAAAGAGGUAAAAGAAAAAUAGUUCGCAUGGAUGAAAAAUUGGAUAUAGUAAAUAGCGAUGAUUUGAAUAAUGUUGAAUAUACGCUUCCCGAUCGCGUCGUUCAGAAUGAUAAUGGCGACAUCUGCGUAAUCGACAGAAUAGGAGGCGGGAGCAGUCGGCUGUUUGUUCUAAACAAAGACGGGACCCUAAAAUUUAGUUAUCCCCAUGAAUCAGCCGAGUACGACUUCACGGCAACCACCAAGCCAAAGAAAGUUUCAUUUAGCGAUGUUUGUUGUGACUCAUUUUCUAACAUUUUCGUGGCAGACGAGAAGAACAAUGACAUCAUUGUGCUUAACAGUGACGGAGAUGAAAUCGUCCGAUUUUCGAAAGUUUUGAAGAAGAAAAGAAUCAAUUUAGUUGCUCCGUCGAGAAUAGUUCUGGACAGAACCGGAAAACUUUGGAUAGUUAUGCAGGGGAAGGUUUUAGUUUUUGAUUUGUACUCUUAAGAUAUAUGACAGUAUGUUGACGUAAGGAAUCGCGCCCCUUUUUCCGCCAUCUGAAAAUCCUCGGUUCGACCGAACAUCAUUUAACUUUAUAAUUGUCACUUUUCAUUAGAAUUUGUUCAAUUCAAAAAGGAUUACAACUCUUAAAACAUUAGUGAUUUCUCAACUUAAACGGAAGAAUAUAAUGAUUUUUCCAUGAUUUGAAUGAACAACAUAUUCACAUUAUCGGCUUACGCUAUAUUCAAUGUAAAAAUAUAGAAUUACGAUGUGAUAAGAUUCACUUAAUUCAACAUUAUUCACUUAAUACAACAGGAUUUACUUAAUUCAACAAGAUUACCAAAUGAAAUUUUUUUCUGAUUUUUUUUUAUACUAUUAAAUUAUCAGACAUGUUACAAA